GAAAUGUUUCAAGGUAAGAAGUUAUCAACAAGAAACAAUAAAAAUCCUCCCAUAAAGUUGAGGCUAGGAAAGUAGGAGCCAUGAGAUUCUGGUAAUGAGAAUUUCAUCAAUCAUUCCUGUGACAUAUGGAAAAAUUUUUUUAGAUGCUGCUAAAAUUUUAUAUUGAUGGUUUUUAAUAUUUCUAAACAUUUUUCUAGAGAAGUAGUAAAUCAAGCAGCAAAAUUAUAGUUGCAACUUAUUUUUUAGAAAUAUUUCUUGAAAAUGGCUUCCAGUGACUGCUCUGGCAGUAACCUGCAGCAAAUUAAAAAAUUUAUCAGGAUGACGUAUGACUAUUUUCUUAGACCUGAAAAAGUUAUGCCUCAGCUUCAACGACAAAUGCAGCUACUGACUGUUGAAGAAGAUCUCACCACAUUUGAACCUUCAUCAAUAGAGACCUUGGAAUUCUACUCGUGCUUGGACAUGCUUCUUGCCAAGCCUGAUUCCCAAAACGUGGUUGCCUGGAAAGCUAUUCUACUAAUAUCUCAUAUGGCAAAGUCUCCUGUUGUUCUCAGAGCCCUCAGGGAUGAGGUGCAGAUGGUUCCCGUUCUUGGUGAAUACCUGCAAAUUGUUGACUUAUCUGCUGAUCGCUAUUUGAAGACGCUCACUCUCUUGCAGAAAAUCACUCACGGCAUCAAGAUUGAGCGUAAAGAAGCCUGGCUACCGACGCUACUUCCCCACCUUGUGCACACAAUUAUAGAGAGUGUGGAGACAACUGGUGACAGAGAUAAGCUUCUUCUGUGUCCUGCAUUGACUACUCUCUGCAACCUGUGUCGCUGUAACCUGCCUGUAUUGCAGUGCCUGGUCCAGUGGGCCAAUCCUAAUCGACUUCUCACAGUACUGGUUUCUAAACUACAUGAUUGUAGCAAAUCUGCACAACUUCUCUCCAUGGAGCUUUGGCUGCUCAUCACUACUGUCCAUCCCAUAGAUUCUGAAGAGUCGGUCAUACUUCAGGUUGACCGUGCACUAUCGCUGCUCCUGGCUGUGUGUAGAGAAGGUUUCUCUCAUGGCAGUGCUGAGUUGAUCCAGCUUGCGACUGACGUCCUCGUCAGCUUCUCCCAUAUGCCACAAGUGCGGUCCAAGCUUGUUAGCAACAAGACAUGCGGCCGUGAUAUCAUGGAAAUCUGGAAACUUGUUGACAAAUGUGAAGAACAAACUCUUCUUCCUCAUGUAUCUGACUUCUUGUCAGCCCUUAUCAAGCUCGAUCUCCCACAAGCUGCUGACAUCCUGCCAGCUGCAUUGGAUAAAGCUGUGACAUGGGUUGAGAGUUCCGGCAGUCACUGGGGCCUGCGUCUGCUGCAUGCGUUUCUCUGCACUGCGUCUCAGCCGCUCACCGAGCACCAGAUAACCAGCUUCUGCGUGGCUGCCGGGAGCGUGCUGCAAAAGAGCCUGGGAGGUGCAGGAGUAGAGCAGGUGCUGGUUGUUGUCGCGGCUGUGCAGCUGCUACAAGAGGUUCUCAAGCGCGUCCCUGCCAUGCAUAGCCGCGUCACGCUCUCUCCGCCGGAGCUCACCGCCUGUUUAGAGAAGCUGUCGGAAAUUGCAUCUCAAUCUUCAGAACUACAGAAGCAGGGCGCUUUGGUUGCACAAAAAUUGUCUUCAAAAUCCACUCGACCAUUGGAUUCUAUGAUGGCCAACUCGUCUAGUGGUGGCGACUGCUCGCAGUGCAGUGAUGGUCACGACGCCGGAGUGAGCAGCAGCUUCCUUUUCAGCUGCGGCAGCAGCGUUAGCUUCCUGUGCGCUGAAGCUAUAGUGCGCAUUCUUCAUCUUGUCAAGCAAAUUGGCAAGGAAGAUCUACAGUUUUCUCUCCAUUUUUGCGAGCUCAUGAAGUGCAGCUACCUGAUGCCGCACGUGAUGAUAUGCCACGCAAGCCUCAACCGCGAUCUUGUGGCUCUCGCUGUCGAGCUUCUCUGUGACUCCAGCGCGUCUCAAGAAAGUUUGGAUGUCAUCAUCAAUAUGACCUGCGAGCAAAACCGUCGGUGUCAGAACUCGGAGAUUCUCGCGUCUCCAGCCGUGGGAAGAGGCAGUGUUUUGGAGGACGCCUUUGACUCCAUGCAUAUCAGUAACGACAGCGGCUUCCAAAGGGCAGCCACUGACAGGGGAUCAAUUUCUGAAAUAUUCAAGAGGGUUGACGAUCUAAUGGCCAGACUCAACGCCAUCGUGGCCCCAGAAGAGAUGCGCGACUUGCCACUGACGGACCUCGUUGAAAUGUACGAAUUUAAGCUUGGAGGGAUGGCGCACACUGAGGCCGCCCUGCAGGAGCUGCUGUCCGUUGCAGAUUCAAAGUCGCGAGUGCUGGAACGCAGUCUGCUGCGCACCAAAGUUGAGAACCAUCGCGUCCUCGGUUUGGUGCGAGCGAGAGAGGAGCGCGUGCAGUCUCUCCUUGCAGAGAAAUUAGCCGACCAGGAGCAGGCUCGCACCAUCAGAGAAACGCUUUCAAAGGAGAAAGCAGCAGUUGAGCGAGAGAGCUGCCGGCUACGGGGUUCCCUGAACUCCCUACACGCCGAGCUUGCGACCAAAGACAAGAAACUCCAGCUCCUCUCCUCUGCGCUUGAAGAAGCUACUGCCGAGACCGCUUCUCUUCAGAAGAUGUUUGAAAAGGAAAAAUCCAAGAAAGAGGGCCUGCAACAGGAACUGGAGAGUUUGCAGAGCACGCAUUCCACCAUCGAGAAAAUUGUUGCAAAGCAGAAGCAGGAAAACUUGGAUCUGGAAAAAAUGAUGAGGAACCUAGAGCAAACCGUAGCUGAUAGAGAUACGAAAAUCGAAGAGCUCACCAAGACUAAUCUGUCGCUGCAGAAAAUACGGGACGUCAUUCACAACAUUUCCUCGGGCAAACCACUCGCUUGACCAAAUAACUUCAGUGUAAAUAUUGCUAGUGGAGAUGUUCUACAUAGAACAUUUAAUCAAUUUUAAUUAUGUUACAUGUACGAAUAAUCUCGAUGUAAUUAUCCUUUUUCUGCGUUUUUCAUACGUGGCGACCUAGUUUUUACACCUUCUACAUGGCCUGUCUUCGUGGACUCUACAUUAUCAUUUUCUGGCUAAAUUUUGCUAGAGAUAUUUUAAUACCAUUCCUCUUACAUUACUGAAGUGUUACAACUUGAGUUUCAUUAACCGCAUUAUUUCUUUUUUUA